AAUAAUUGAGUAAGGGUAGUAUUCGGCGUCCAAUUAUUUGAUAACUUUACCUGUUAUAGAAUGGAACAUUCGCACUUGCGCAGUACAACGCAUGCGUUGUGUGGACAGAAGUCGACCACGGCGUUAGUUUUGGAGGAUCUGAAAAUGUCCCUGAAGCUCCCGCGAUUUGUGAAAUCGUUCAGUCCGUCGUUCAGCCCGAAGAAGAUUCCUCGGCGGAAAUCAGCAUCGUUAUCGAGCCUUCACACAUUGGACCGUUCCACUCAGGAAAUAGAAUUGGGCCUUGACUAUGGACCUCCUUCAAUGAACAUUGGAGGACAUUCGUUGAAAUUUGAAGAUGGACAGUGGAUAACAGAAUCGGGUGGAAAUGUAGCCGUCCGAGAAGUAGAGCGGCUUAAGAAGAAAAAUAUGCAGCUGGAGGAGGAGAACAAUAUCCUGAAAUUGAAAAUAGAAAUUCUAAUUGACAUGCUGACAGAGUCGACAGUAGAGUACCACCUGAUGGAGAAAGAAGUGGAGGUGAUAAAGUCUCAACAUUGAAGGAAUGACAAACAUGAUACAAUGCCUUCCUCAUAGGAAGUUUUUAAGUAGAAUGUGUUUUGAUUUUUAUAUAUAUAUAUAUAUAUAUAUAGCACACAAUUGCUUAGUUUAUAGCAAUAUAUUUUAUGCACUAGGUUAAUUAAUUUUGAAUAGCCUUAUUUUUUUAUUACCUACUGUAUAUUCAAUGUUCAUCUGUCUGACAAAUGAUUUUUCUAUUCUCUUCACAUUAAAGUGAAACCUGUAACAAAGUA